ACGAGUGGACACUGCCGCGCGACAGUCGCUGGUGCGUGCGUUGCGGCAGCAGAAGCCCCGGCGUCUUCAGGAGCGCGUAGCGUGCAGCAAGCUGGAGCAGGGCGCCGGCAGCAGGGCUGCCACCAUGGUGGUGGGAAGCGUGGAGCGCGCGCACGGCCACGGACACGGCAGGGGCCCGCGCGCACAGCACGUGCGCCACCAGGCCAGGCAUCGUCAGUAUGACGAUGAGGAGAGCGGGUGGGCGUGCAUGAACUGGUUCGAGUACAUGCUGGUGGUGGUGUUGGCCAGCCUACUGCUGCUCGGCGCCCUCACGCUGACCCUCUUCUGGGCUCUGUACUACGCCGGGGGCUUCGCCUGGACCGAGGAGCCCGCUCGCCAGUUCAACCUCCACCCCGUGCUCAUGGUCGCCGGGUUCAUCACCUUCAGUGGCUUCUCCCUGUUACUGUAUCGAAUCUGUCGAUGCUGCCGUCGCAUCUACGUGAAGCUGUUCCACACAAUCUUCCAUGCUCUUGCCAUACCAUGCAUUGUGGUUGGAUUUAUAGCAGUACUUGAUUCACACAACCUUGCAGAUCCACCGAUAGCAAACUUCUACUCCCUGCACAGCUGGAUGGGGUUGGUUACCAUGGGCCUGUUUGCACUGCAGUUUGUUGUAGGCUUCUUCAGCUUCCUGAUCUUGCUGUGCUGUGAAGGUGCAACAGCAGCAUUCCGAGCUUCUCUAGUACCCAUACACGCAUCCUUUGGCAUAACAACUUUCAUGCUGGCUGUAGCGACAUGCCUUACAGGUCUCACAGAGAAGGCCUUCUUUAAGCUUAGCUCUAAGUAUUCGGAGAUGCCUGAGGAAGGGAUAAUCAUGAAUGCUCUGGCUAUGGUGUUGGUAGCUUUGGGGAUACUUCUGUCUUACGCUGUGCGGAGGGAACCAUUCCGCACACAAGUUAAGACUUUCGUCACUGAGCGACUGUAGACUAGUUUUACAAUACGUUAUUUGGACUGAAUUGUUUCACUGCUGUAAUCUAAUGUCACAGAAGCUUUGUAGGUUCAGUUGUUCCUACGCUGUAUUGGAAGGAAAAAAAAAAUUCUUUAACUGUUCAAUCCAGAAAUAGUGAACCAUUAGAAUUUUUAUACAUUUUCUUAUCAAGAUUGUCAGUCUUAUCUUCAUAACAGUGGACAGUGCCCUUUUUAACAGUGUACAAGCUGAAAGGACCAAAAAGGAUAUAUUCUGUGUACAAAGACAUUUUAUUCCUGCUAAGGUACCUUAUUAUUAUCCAUACCAUUUUUUAUAGACAUUCUGUGUGUUCUAGCAUAGUCACUUUUUAUUACUUCGGUGCAGAUAAUCAGUCUUGUAUAUCGUUUUAUAAAUCAUGCCUUUGUACAUAAGCUUUGUAGUUAAUAAGGAAAAAUACUGACAUACAUUUGUGUACAUGAUCCAUUUAUAUAUAUACACAAAAAUUCAGAUCUGUGCAAAUGUGUGCAUGAGUGUUGUAUUUAAAUAACUUGCUCUAAAUAUAGAGAAAAGUUAAUGAGCAGUAUGACUGAAUAUUAAAAGUAAUUUGUUGUUAUUGUUUGAUGGCAGAAAAUUUUAGAAAACUAUAAAUGUUAAUUACACCUAACAUAUUUUGCACACUUGUGCAAAGUUCGAAAUAUUUGUCUUUGGAGCAGAUUCUUUUUUUUAAAAAAAAGAAAUCUGUUCUAUGAUUACAUCUUUCCUCAUAUUGUCUGCGUCACAAAAAGUUUUUAAUUUUACCUCUGCCAUCAUUGUUAUCUUUUUAAAUCUUUUGGUGUGAAGAUACCAUGAGUGUUGACUUGACAGAACACGUAAAGAAUUCGGUCAAGUAAGGAAUUCUAUUAUUCAGAUUUUUGUUAUUGAGAUAUCAGAUUAAUGUAUGAAAGAAAUAAUAGAUUUACAUUUAUGCUAUAAUUAUUACAUCGAAGCAUUCAAAAUGAUAAGUGUUAUUGGAGUAUAAAAAGUUUCAUAUGUAACCUGAAGAAGUUUGACAUUAAAGUAUUAAAAAAACUGCCGUAUUUUAGAAGUUCUUUGUCUGCUCACUGUCAAUUACAAACAGCUAUUUUUGAACUUUGAUAAAGUCAAAUGUAAUGUGUAUUACAUGCUUAUAAAGCAUGCUAACAUCCAUUUAAAACUCAGUUUCUAUACGUCAGACAACAAGUGUUUUGUUUCUACAGGAAUUGUAUAAGAUACCAUUUACUCAUAACACAGUGAACUCACCACUGGGAUUAUUUACAAGCUUAAAAUAUGGUGUGAUUAAUAUCAUGACAGUGGCACGGAGUGUAAGUUAUGAACUUCUGAUAAAAAGAAACAUUGAAAAGCAUUUGCAAGUUUUAAACACAACAUGAACAUGAAGAAACCAAAUCACUUGAACAAAUAACAAAUCUUGCAUUGUAUUAAUAUAACUUAAUUAUGUGCUUAAAAGUACCUCAAAAUUAGCAUUGUGUGCAUUUUGAUCUUUUCUGGGAUGGCAGCAAGAAUUGCAUUCAAUUUCCACACUAUACUAUGAGAUCUGGAGAUGAUAUUUAUUUGCACUACACUGUACAUAUAUUGGUGAAACAUGUAUAGUGUAUUCAUUCUAAACCUUGUUUUCAUGCAAUGGUAUGAUAUGGUAUGCCUUCAUAAAACUACUCCUCCUCCUCCUCCUCCUCCUCCUCCUCCUCCUCUUCUCACUCCUCCUCUCCCCUUCCCUGUCCUUGUUAUUCUUAUUUGCUGCAAUCGUCGUCACCACCAGCAGCACUACCCUAGUUUCCAGAGAACCAUAACUUCAGACUUUUAAUGUUAUCCUAGCAUUUGAACAGAAUAGUAAUGUCUGACUAAAAUUUUAAUGAAAGUUAUUCUGUCUCAUAAUAUUAACAUCCCUCAUCUAUUGUCUGAUUGGGAACAACAAAUGUUGAACAGUGUUAGAGAACCACUACAUACUGCACCUCGUGAAAGAAUUCACAACCACUGAAAUGCAUACAUACAUUUGGAAGACCAACUCUGAAAUAAAAUUCUACAAGGAAGACACAAAGGAGGUUCUCAAACAGAACGGUAAAUCAUUUGUGAAACAUACAAUAAAUCUCUUUUGAUAAUAUUUACACAAGGACAAAUAUCGCACAGAACCAAAAGAAAAACUAUGUAUAGGUAAGUUGCAUUAUGUAAAGAUUUUUUGAACACAGUCAUUAUUAAAAUGACUAAAAGCUAAGUGGCAUGGAUAUGUGUGCAAUUACCUUUAAAGACUGAUUGGUUUCAAUUAUAAAUAGUUAUAAUAGGUCAUCCCAACUGCUUUUAAUAAUCAUGAAACAGUUUCAAAUUUCCUUAAUUGAAGCCUCUUGCACCUAUUCUCAAUGCUUUUGGUGACAGUACAUUAUGCUGUCUCAGUCUACUCUUAUGAAUAAAAUGAGUCUUUUUGUAUGAAUGAUGUCCUCUCAAUCACACUGUGUACAGGAAACUUUGACUAUUGUGUAUUCUUGCUUCUCACUUCAUCUUCCUUCCCUUUCCUGUCUACCUCCACAUAUGAUGUGACAGCAGAUAGCUUUCCAACAACUCCGUAAUAUCUAUGUAAAUAAAUAUGCUUACUUUCUGAACAAUACUCCGCUUUCAAUGCUAUUAGAAUCUUUCAACAUGCUAAAAUAUGUUUUGAGUGUGUUUAUUGUAUGUAGUGUGUGUGUGUGCCUUAAGUGUUGUGAAUAUUAUAUACUUUAAUGUCCUUAGCAGAUAAAGUGAUAUACAGAUUUAAGCUAUAAUAUGUGCAAACUGUUUAGUGUUUGUAUGGUUAUAUGUUUAUUCCUCAGUUAAUGAAAGACAGCCAUAACAUUGAAUAAACUCCUAGUAUUUGGGUAUGUGUCUUUUACAGCAUUUAAAUAUAAUGUCAAUCUGUAUGUUAAUAUAUUUACAAAUAAAACAAAAUUUCAUAUCCAUUG